UAUCCGUGGCAAUAGGUUACCUGGGGACCUUUAGAGACGACAUUCCUGUUUUGUUUAUCAAUCUGGGAUGUUUGUUGGUAGAGCAGCGGGCAUCAAAGCUUUGUCUACAUAAAGUAGCUGGAUUUUAAUAUAAUCCAUUUUAAAUAUGCAAGAGUAAUGCUGCGGAGCUAUUGUUAUCCUGCCUUUCAGCCGCUUGAACACAAGUGCCCAAGACGAGAAUGGACCUAAACAUCUGGAGCACGGAAUCAAAGUGGGAUAAUCAAGUCUUCAGCUGCAUCUUCUAAUGACUUUUUCCCCCAACAAAAUGGAUUCCUGAUGUGGGUGGCCUUAUUGUAAUGUGGGUUAAAGUGCAAGAGCGAAAAGUAAUUGGUUAUCUCUCUAUCAGACAGUGGUAAAUAAAACUGUUGGGGAGGUAGUUUAAUCUUUCAGGGAGCGUCAGCGACCGUUGUGAGGAUUAGAUCUGCGUUUCCAUCAGGACUGGAGCAAAGAUUUAAUCAUUCCUCGGUGUACCAAAGCAAAGACGUUGUCGAGGUCGACUGUUGCCAGAUUUGAAGUUAAUCUUCCGAACGUAUCCAUGUUUGCGGAUCAGAGGCUUGCCCGUGCCCUCAUUUGAGUACGCGCACGGAGAGGGACGCGCUCGUCUGACCGAGGUUCACCGAUCUGACUUUGUGUUUAGUUCGAGUCUGCCCCGGAGGAAUGUGUAACGGAUGUACGAAUGGGACAGCUUGAGAUGAAGACAGUCGACUUCUUUAAAUGUUUGGGGUGUUAGGAUGUCACAAGGAUGUCCUGUGUGAUUUGGUCAUUUACUAACAUCUUAAGGAGCAUCAUUGUCACCGGAAUGAAAAUGGAGAAGAUACCGGUUCGAUGCCAAUUGUUCAUCCAUGAUGAAUACAGGAUUCGUAAAAUUGCCAGAAUGAAUUAAAACGAUAAGAAUCAAUGUUAAAGUCGAUUCUUCAGCGUGUACCAUGGCGAAAAGGAUGGGACUGUUAUUUUCGCUGCUGUACUUGGUGGCAGAGUUUGGUCUGAGUUCACAGCAAGUCCUUAGAAUCGGGGGCAUUUUUGAGACCCUUGAGAAUGAGCCUAUAAGUGUUGAAGAACUGGCCUUCAAAUUUGCUGUGACCAACAUAAACAGAAACAGGACCUUAAUGCCAAACACCACUUUGACCUAUGACAUCCAGAGAAUAAACCUAUAUGACAGCUUCGAAGCAUCCAGACGAGCCUGUGAUCAGCUGGCCCUGGGUGUGGCGGCCGUAUUCGGCCCGUCUCACAGCUCCUCGGUCAGCGCCGUCCAGUCCAUCUGCAACGCACUGGAGGUGCCCCACAUCCAGACCCGCUGGAAGCACCCGUCCGUGGACAACAAGGACAGCUUCUACAUCAACCUCUACCCGGACUACGCCUCGAUCAGCCGGGCGGUGCUGGACAUCGUGCAGUUCUACAAAUGGAAGGCGGUCACCGUCGUCUACGAGGAUGCAACUGGGUUGAUUCGCCUGCAAGAGCUGAUCAAAGCCCCGUCCAGAUACAGCAUCAAGAUCAAAAUCCGGCAGCUCCCAGGUGGAAAUAAGGACGCGCGUCCGUUACUGAAGGAGAUGAAGAAAGGGAAGGAGUUUUACGUAAUCUUCGACUGCUCUUAUCAAACAUCUGCAUAUGUCCUGAAGCAGCUGCUUUCCAUGGGGAUGAUGACGGAGUACUACCACUUCUUCUUUACCACUCUGGACCUCUUUGCUCUAGACCUGGAGCCGUACCGCUACAGUGGUGUCAACAUGACGGGCUUCCGUCUCCUCAACAUAGACAACCCCUCGGUGGCUGCCGUGGUGGACAAGUGGUCCAUGGAGCGCCUGCAGGCCCCGCCCAAACCUGAGACGGGGCAGCUGGACGGCAUGAUGACGACAGAGGCAGCCCUUAUGUAUGAUGCUGUUUACAUGGUGGCUGCGGCAUCCCAGCGAGCCUCCCAGAUCACCGUCAGCUCCCUGCAGUGCCACCGGCACAAGCCCUGGCGCUUUGGCUCGCGAUUCAUCAACAUGUUCAAAGAGGUGCAGUGGAGUGGAUUAACGGGACAAAUCAUAAUAAACAAGACAGAUGGCUUGAGGAAAGAUUUUGACCUGGAUUUCAUCAGCCUGAAGGAGGAUGGCAUGGAGAAGACGAUUAUAGAAGGCACUAGCCGACUGAAUAAAAUCUGGAAGAAGAUUGGUGUAUGGAACUCCAAUACUGGCCUUAAUUUGACUGACAGCAACAAAGACAAGUCAUCAAAUGUCACAGACUCAAUGACAAAUCGGACACUCGUAGUCACAACAAUUCUGGAAAAUCCCUACGUAAUGCACAAGAAGUCUGACAAGCCGUUGUAUGGAAAUGACCGCUUUGAGGGCUACUGUCUGGACCUGUUGAAGGAGUUGUCCAACAUUCUGGGUUUCUCCUACGAGGUGAAACUUGUGACCGAUGGCAAGUACGGAGCUCAGAAUGACAAAGGGGAGUGGAACGGCAUGGUACGAGAGCUCAUUGACCAUGUGGCUGACCUUGCCGUUGCUCCUCUGACCAUCACCUAUGUGCGGGAAAAAGUCAUCGACUUCUCCAAGCCCUUCAUGACGCUGGGCAUCAGCAUCCUCUACCACAAGCCCAACGGCACCAACCCAGGGGUGUUCUCCUUCCUCAACCCCCUGUCCCCCGACAUCUGGAUGUAUGUCCUGCUGGCCUGCCUGGGCGUUAGCUGUGUGCUGUUUGUCAUUGCCAGGUUUACUCCAUAUGAGUGGUACAACCCUCACCCAUGCAACCCAGAUUCGGACGUGGUGGAGAACAACUUCACCCUUAUAAACAGUGUAUGGUUUGGUGUGGGGGCUCUGAUGCAGCAAGGAUCAGAGCUGAUGCCCAAAGCUCUUUCCACCAGGAUCGUUGGAGGAAUCUGGUGGUUUUUCACGCUGAUCAUUAUCUCCUCCUACACUGCCAACUUAGCUGCUUUCCUCACGGUGGAGAGGAUGGACUCGCCCAUCGACUCGGCCGACGACUUGGCCAAGCAGACGAAAAUCGAGUAUGGGGCCGUAAGAGACGGCUCGACCAUGACUUUCUUCAAGAAAUCUAAAAUCUCCACGUAUGAGAAGAUGUGGGCGUUCAUGAGCAGCAGGAAGAACACUGCGCUGGUGAAGAACAACCGUGAGGGCAUCCAGAGGGUGCUCACCACAGACUAUGCCCUACUCAUGGAGUCCACCAGCAUCGAAUACAUCAGCCAGAGGAACUGCAACCUCACACAGAUCGGAGGCCUCAUUGACUCCAAGGGCUAUGGAGUAGGGACCCCCAUAGGAUCCCCGUACCGGGACAAGGUGACCAUCGCGAUCCUGCAGCUGCAGGAGGAAGGGAAGCUGCACAUGAUGAAGGAGAAGUGGUGGCGAGGAAACGGCUGCCCCGAGGAGGACAGCAAGGAGGCCAGCGCCUUGGGGGUGGAGAACAUCGGCGGCAUCUUCAUCGUGCUGGCCGCUGGCCUCGUGCUCUCCGUGUUCGUGGCCAUUGGGGAGUUCAUCUAUAAGUCGCGCAAGAACCUAGACAUGGAGGAGUGUACCUCUUUUAGAGCCGUAAUGGAGGAACUGGGUGUGGUGCUCAAGUGUCAAAAACGGCAAUUAAAGAAAAAGACCAAGGAUGGAGCCGGAGCUCCCAGCUUCCCUUUUUGCCACCCUCGAAGAGUGUUAAGGAAAGACACUGUGGCAUAGACCCUGAGCCCUCAGAGCACAGGUACCAAGAACAUGUGGCUCAUCAGUUUAUUUGAUAUGAUACAAAAGUGAGAUUACCUGAGAUGACAUUUUUAAUCAUUUAUGAAUUCCUGGUGUGUUUGUAUGUGUGUGUAUAAGCGUGUGUUUUCUGUGUGCGUGUGUUUGUUAUGUCUGAGUGAGUGAGUUGUACUGACAUGAUGCUGAAGUUAUAUUUUCUGUUUUCGUUCUCUUUCUAUGUUCUUUGGCAAUUUGUCAAAACAUAUACGUCUGGAAAUUCAAUCUUUCUUCCAUUCUGCUUUAAAUGGAAACAUGUUCCAGUGCUGUAGAGAUUUUACUGAAUAAAUAAAUAAAGAUUUCUAAAAAAAAAAAAAAAA